AUGCCWAAUCGGUGUGUUGUGUAUGGAUGUGACAGUACUCCUAACCCCAAAGAAGGAGUAUUUUUAUUCGGUAUUCCGUUUUUCGGCGAUGAAAGGCCUGAAGCCAARCGACGACGAAAAGCGUGGGUGAAGUUCGUCGAUAUAAAGAGAAAGAAUUUCACUCCAAGCAAAGGCUCCUCGAUCUGUUCGAAGCACUUCGUACCAGAUGACUUUACGAUAAGGUUUACUMUUUUGCCUGGUCAUGAGAAGCCAAUGAUACCAAGGUUAAAAAGAGAUGAAGUUGGAAUUUGUSUGUUUCCAACAUUGCAAAGUGAAACGGGGGAAGUUAAGACAACAAUUAGCGAUCGUAAAAAGUGUAAGAUUUUMAAGGAAGCCGAAGAAGAGUUUAGGGAAACCGCUACCCCAGGUCCAUCAGGAAUAAACACAUGUCACGAUUGUGGGGAUGUCGUGGAUGCAAGAAAUCCUCUGGUGGAAGAACCUCUGCCGGAAGUACCAGAAGACAAUGUUCAGGAAACACCACGACAAGAAGAUAAUGAAACAAUACAAGAGGUGAAACAAGAAAUCUCCCUGUGGUUCUUGCCGAAAGCUUCGAAAGCAACGGGAAACAUGGAAGCAGAGAUGGAAGAGUGCAAAGGUCGAAGUCAAGAAAAAGAUAGAUCAAGUGCAUCUAUUAGAACAGAAAGUUUAAUGAGUGGGAAAGAUCUCAGGACAGAACCGAAACAUAUUGUUUUUCUAUCUCAACUGCAAGAGCUUUUUAAAUUCUGCCAUUCCUGMAAGGCUGAUGGUCCCUUAGUAGAGGCUAGACAAGUUGGAACUGAGGUAGUUGUCACUAGUCUGUGUCAAAACCCUGCUUGCCAAGACAAAGAGAGAAUUUGGCAUAGUCAACCUACAAUGAAGUAUGUCUCAGGUCAAAGAGGACCWGCUGGGAAUUUCUUGCUUUCUAUGGCAAUACUGUUUGCAGGUGGUUCUCCUAGUAAGGUCAUGCAGAUAUUUAGUCAUAUGGGACUGGGCUGUACUUCUCUAAGGACGUUUUUCAAUCACCAGAAAAACUACCUUUUCCCGAUUAUUCACCUCCAUUGGAAAAUGUACCAAGAGAGUCUGCUUCAGAAAGUGAACGAUGAGUGUGAAGGGAAGAUAACAGUGGCAGGAGAUGCUCGCCAUGAUUCGAUGGGGCACAAUGCAAAAUAUGGCGCAUACUCAGUAUUGUGUUCUGACAUAGCCAAGAUCAUACAUUUUUCACUUGUCCAGAGAAAUCAAGCAGAUAGCAGUAAUGCGAUGGAAUAUGUUGGUUUCAAAAACUGCAUGGAAUUCCUUUUGGAGGAAAAUGGCCUGCCGAUUAGUACUUUUGUGUCAGACAGACAUACCUCGAUUUGUAGCCACAUGAAAAAAGAGUUGAAAGAUAUCAAGCACUACUUUGACCUAUGGCACUUGAAAAAGAGUAAGUACAUUGUACAGUUAUUGUUUGUUGGUUCAGAUACAUAUAUGGCAUAA